CCGCAAGCGACAAUGCGCUAAGACGCUUUAGGUCAUCAACUUCUUCAAGUCUUGAGAUUUUACCACUACAGAUCCCUGCAUGCGCAUCAUAACGACAUAUGAACAUGGCUCUACCAUUUCAAUGCCUGAAGGCUUAUAGGCGCUCUGUAAAAGGAAAAGAAGAAACCCUUCUCAUUGGUGCGAGCGGAUCACGACUUGUUGUAGUUGAGUCCUCAAGCGGACAGGGCUCAACAUGGCCUGCAGAAGAGGAAGCAUCAAAAGAAACUGAGGCACCAGCCGAAGAUGAAGAAAGACCUGGAAAACGCAUAAAACUAACCCCAACCAACACCAAUGACAGCAACAGCAACAAGUCCAAUUUCUCAUGUCUCGCCCUGUCCAAUGACCAGCAAUAUAUCGUCGCCAUAACCGGAGAAGACAAAUGCGUCCGUGUCUUCCAUAUAGAUUCCGACUACCGCAUCCACCAGCUGAGUCAAAGACCCAUGGCUAGACGACCCUGUGCCAUCACCUUAACAUCAGACGACUCGACAAUCUUAUGCGCCGACAAGUUCGGCGACGUCUACGCCUUACCGCUCCUCAUGUCCCCAGACGACGGCGUCCAGGACCAAGAAGUUCCACCAACCACCUCAACAGCAGAGCAACCCGAAACCCCGGUAGAAUUCAAGCCCUCCGCCAGCGUCCUAACCGUCCACUCAGGCCGCAACCGCAAAGUACUCGAGGAGCAAAUCCGACAAGCCAGCCUCGGGCAGCGCAAAUCCAAAGAGCCGCUCAAGUUCAAGCACGAGCUGCUACUCGGUCACGUGUCAAUGCUAACAGACAUCGUCUACGCAAACGUCAACGGAAGAGGCUACAUCGUUACGUCUGACCGGGACGAACAUGUCCGUGUCUCGAGGGCCCCACCGCAGGCUCAUAUCAUUGAGGGUUUUUGUCAUGGCCAUGAGGAGUUUGUCAACAGGCUGUGUCUUGUUUCGUCGGGAAGGCUCGUGUCUGGAGGUGGUGAUGCGCAGUUGUUUGUCUGGGAUUGGCUCAAUUAUCGCCUUUUGACGACCAUCGAUGUCAGGGAUGCCGUGCUUCGGUUCUUGAAGUCCCAAGCUGAGCUAUCGAGCAUCGUACCUGCAAACGAAGAAGGGUUCAAGGUGGCAGUGACGGGCAUUUGGAAUGUACCACGCAGUGAUGCACAAAGGGACGAGAUCCUCGUGACGUGCGAAGGUGUUCCUGCGAUCUUCCACUUCGGCUUUGACGAGGCGGGGAAAAAGCACGAACAGGCUAUACCGUUGAACGGCAACGCUAUCGAUGUCACUGUCAUCCAGCAAUCACCGGAUUCAUGCGUCGCUGUGGCCUCGGUGGAUUAUGUACACAAGCCAGGUUCCCUGAAGGACCCGCGCGAGCAGAAGCAGGACGACCAAGCUAUUCCGACAUUUACUUCCGGACCAGACGGACAGUGGCAGGCAGAUUCGACUCUAGACACAGCUGCAGGUUUCUUGACAAAACAGCUCUCCACCGCCGUGGGCGCGGCUGGAUUAGCCGGGGAGGUCGAUUUGAAAGCCAUCCAAGGUCUUCUGUACGGGACUGCCAAUCUAAGGAAACAGCCCGGUACGGAUCCUGACCAAGUGGCGUAAGGCCAAUCACUGUACGUAGCCUACUUGGUAUGCAUGCUUUGAACAAAAACAGUAAUAACGAUA